AUGGUCGUUGAAGCGCCGCCAAGUAAGCCGAAUCCCAACGGCCCGAAUCGGCCCUCACCCGUUUCCAACAUCACCAAAAUCUCCAGCUUAAAGAGAUAUCCAGAUCGAGACUAUGCUUUAGACCUUCUCCAUCAAAUAGCCAAGUCUGUCGGGCCCAUAAUACACCAGUAUAAAUUUAAAGUGGGUCUAUUGUGUGAAAUGUACCCAAAAAGCGACGCGCUUCUUGGGUUGAACGUGAACAAGGGUCAGAAAAUCCUCAUUCGUCUUCGGAAACCGUACAACUCGCGUGAGUUCUAUCCCAUGAGUGACUUGAUCGGCACUUUUCUUCACGAACUCACUCACAAUAUUCACGGCCCACAUGACGCUAAAUUCUAUGCUUUAUGGGAUGAGUUGAGAGAAAAGUACGAAAGCGGCAGUAUAGGCCUCAGUAGUAACUAUGUGUGUGAAGAAAACAGGUUGGGCGCGGGGUUCACGGCCCCAUGGAGUACGCCCAAGACUAUUAGAGAAAAACGGCUAGAAGCGCUUUCAAAGGGCAAAUACAAGGCCGAGUCUCGCCGGUUGGGUGGUGCUAAACCAUCAGGUGAGAAUCUACGAAGUACAUUGUUAAAAGCUGCGAAUCGGAGAUUGAAGGACUCAAAAUGGUGCCCUCUGGCUGAUUUGGAAAAACUAAAUUUGGAUGAUAUUGAGCAUCCUGAUACUAUCGAGAAGUUUAAAGAAGUGAUAGACCUCACAAAAGAGCAGAAUGAGGACGACUCAGAAGAGAUUGAAAUCAUUGAAGUGGACGCUUGUGAGGCUGAUUCUACUUCAUCCAAUAAAGUAAAGGGUUCGCAACUGUGGGCAAGUGUGUUGAGGCCACCCCUUAACGAAGCUUCUUUUGAGGUAAAGCCUCCCAUUAACAACAGACCCGAAAUACAAUACAGAAGAUCCAACUCCCCAGGAAAGACGUUCAUUAGUCAGGGAGAUAUCUACCCUCGUCGCAAAUUGGUAGCGGACAUGGAUUUUGAUGAGAUAAUUAAGAAAGGUGAAUUGAUCCAACAAGCCACACAAGAACCAUCACAUCCAAAGACGAUUGAAAACCGAACAAAGAAACUGCCACAUCCCGAGGAGUUCCUAGAGCCUAAAAGGAGAGUACGGUUUCUGGAGUCCGGUCAUGAUCCUACUCUAGACGAAGGUACUGGGCCUACGAAAGAUAGUAAUCCCACCACUGUCAUUACUGGACAUGGGCAAUCAAAUGUGGCCCUGGAGGAAGAAAAGAAACCGGGCAAAGGUAAGACCGUUCGAAGCAAAAUGACCGCCCUGUCGAAGAAAAAAGAGAGCCACGCAAAACGGAAAAUUCCAAAAAAACAUACCGAAGUCCAGUCCGAUAUUCGGAGUAAAAAAAAAGUCCGCUCUAUAACUUUUGACGAAAUAUUGGGCAAAUGA